AUUCUGUGGGAGCUCACUUGUAGAGAGACCGUCACGCGGCCUGCUACACAGUGAGAAUGGGCCUUACGGCUGUCGUCUGCUGCUUGCUCCUAGCCGCUUUCUCCAUAUCAGAGAUCCAUUCUAAAGAGCAUAACGGCCACUGCCCAGUAGCUAAGUCUGGAGUCUGUGGACCGAAAUGUGAAACGGAUGGAAACUGUCCUCUUGGAGAAAAGUGCUGUAAAACUUCCUGUGGUAAAACCUGUGUGAAGGCCGUUGGAUUCCAUGACAAACCCAAAAAGAAGUCGAAGAAAAUUGGGAAGAAUCCUGACUGUCCACGCCGCAAAAAGGGUUGUCGUCGCAUCAAACGGGAAUGCGCUUGGGAAAAGUACAGUAGGCAUAAAGGCAAGCGGUGCCGUGACUGUGAUGUGGAAGAUUGUGCCAAACGACGAACACUGGAUGAUCUUCAAUGGAAACAGCUAAUGACGGAACUUGACAAACAUACGUCAAGCAAGAGAAAGUCUUUCAAAUCGGGAGACGUUGUUGCUUUUUCGAAGGGUUCGGUGGUCUCUGGCGCAGACUGGUGGGAGGGUCCUAAUGACGCUGCUGUAAACACGUUAUCCGGAAACAAACACGUAGCCGCACCAAGUACAGUAUCAACGGGGAAGAAACCUCCAAGCAAAAAGCAGGGAAAAAAUGGAAACAACAAAACUGCCAGUAAGAAAGUUGGAAAGGGCACAAAUGUCGCAUCUGUAGGAGGAAAAGGACCAAACAAGGCUUCGGGGAAAACUGGCAGUAAGGGACAUGUAGGCAAAUCAACAUCGAAGGGGAAAAGUGGUACAGGAAAAUCUGGUCCAUCCGGAGCAGGUAAAGGACCAAGCAAAAAUGGAAAGGGUACACAUGUCGCAUCUGCUGGAGGAAAAGGUCCACUCAAGGUUGCGGGGAAAUCUAGCAGUAAGGGACAUGUAGGCAAAUCAACAUCGAAGGGGAAAAGCCACCUUCUUAAAACUACGUCACAAAAAAACCUUAAAGACAGCAAGGCAUCGCAUCAACUUUUAAAGGUCACUAAAAGUAUCCGAUUUUCAAAGGCAGAUCACGGCAGUUCGAAACCUUUAAAGAUUUCUAAAUCUGGUAAAAGCUCUAAAGGCAAGAUAGGUUCUAAAAAAAGUAAGGUUUCUAAGAGCAGUAAAGGCUCUAAGGGCAAGAAAAGCUCUAAGAAAGGUAAAGUUUCUGAAUUUCGCAAAAGUUGUAAAGGGAAGAAAGGUUGUAAGAAAGGUACAGUUUCUAAGAGUCGUAAAGGCUCUAAUGGCAAAAAAAGCUCUAAGAAAAGUAAGGUUGCUAAAUCUCGCAAAAGCUCCAAGAGCAAAAACGGCUCUAAGAAAAGGACAGUUUCUAAAUCUCGCAAAAGCACCAAGGGCAAAAAAGGCUCUAAGAAAAGUAAGGUUUCUAAAUCUCGCAAAAGCCCCAGGGGCAAAAAAGGCUCUAAGAAAAGUAAGCUUGCUAAAUCUCGCAAAAGCACCAAGGGCAAAAAAGGCUCUAAGAAAAGUAAGGUUUCUCGUAAAAGAUCCAAGAGGAAAACAAGUUUUAAGAUAAAGGUUUCUCGAAGCCGUAAAAGCUCAAAGGGCAGAAAAGGUUCUAAGAAAGGAAUAAGCAGAAGUUCUAAAAGUCGUAAAAGCUCCACUGUCAAAAAAAGUUCUAAGAAAGGUAAAAGUGGCAACGAUUCUGGAAGCAGCAGCGGAUCAGGAAGCAGUGACAGCGAUUCUUCUGAGGAAAGAAAUGCAGGUUCUAAGAAAAACAAAAGCAACAAUGGUGGAGGUUCUGGGAGCAGUAGCGGUUCCGAUAGUAGUGACAGCGACUCUUCUGAGGAAGGAAAUGGAAGUUCUAGGAAAAACAAAAGAAAUAAUGGUGGAGGUUCUGGAAGAAGUAGCGGUUCCGAUAGUAGUGACAGCGACUCUUCUGAGGAAGGAUAUGGGGGUUCUAAAAAUGGCAAAUUGAACAAUGGUGGAGGUUCUGGGAGCAGUAGCUCCGAUAGUAGCGACAGCGAUUCUUCUGAGGAAGAAAAUGGAGGUUCUAAAAAUGGCAAAGGAAACAAAGGGGGAAGUUCUGGAAGCAGUAGCUACGAUAGUAGUGACGGCGAUUCUUCUGAGGAAAGAAAUGCAGGUUCUAAGAAAAACAAAAGGAAUAAUGGUGGAGGUUCUGGGAGCAGUAGCGGUUCCGAUAGUAGAGACAGCGAUUCUUCUAAGGAAGGAAAUGGAGGUUCUAAAAAUGGCAAAUGGAACAAAGGCGGAGGUUCUGGAAAGGAAGGUAAUGGAAGUUCUAAGAAAAACAAUAGAAACAAUGGUGGAGGUUCUGGAAGCAGUAGCGGUUCCGAUAGUAGAGACAGCGAUUCUUCUAAGGAAAGAAAUGGAGGUUCUAAGAAAAACAAAAGGAAUAAUGGUGGAGGUUCUGGAAGCAGUAGCUCCGAUAGUAGUGACAGCGAUUCUUCUGAGGAAGGAAAUGGAGGUUCUAAAAAUGGCAAAGGAAACAAUGGCGGAGGUUAUGGAAGCAGUAGCGGUUCCAGUAGUAGUGACAGCGAUUCUUCUGAGGAAGGUAACGGGAAUUCUAAAAAUGGUAAAGGAAAAAGUGGUGGAGGUUCCAGUAGCAGUAGCAGCGGUUCUUCCGGUGAGGAGGAAGAAGACCAUAACGGGAACAGUCGUCAUGCUAAACAAAGCAACCAUGGCAAAAAUACCAAAGCUCAGCUACUGCAAGACUGGUUUGACGACCUUAACCAGUAUUUGACUGGUGACGCAGGUGACAACGAUAAUUAAACGUGUUUUGGUUCGCUAACAGAUGAAACCGUUACUUAAAACGUAUACUGAAAUAGAACUAAUCAUGAUAUAUUCAGUUGGUCGAUUGCAACAGAAUGCCACAACCAAUAAACUAAGAAAAUAUUGCUUUUGUUGCCAGUACCUUAAGACGGUCAUUCAUUUAACCAUUUUCGUAAUGAUAUUAUAGUCUCAUUGACCAGGGUGUUAUGUUAAACGUCGUGUUUUAUCUAGAAUGAUUGUCUGUACAAGGUCUGGGAAUAAUUAUUAGUUCUUAACACAACAUAUCGUUUUAAAAUGUGGAGGGCAUUCUUCUUAUAAGAUACACUUUGACAAAUAAAUAUUUGUAGUUAAACUU